AUGGAGAAGUGCAUGCAGUUCUGCUUGUAUCUCGGAACCGAGUUGCAGCAGAUUACUGAUGCCUUGUCGCAGCACGGGCUCUCACAAAAUGCGGCGGGCAAGUAUGCCACUGCUAGCUGUGAGGUCGUUGGAAACAGUGAGCACGAGCUCAGCGUGGCUCAGGGCGCACGUGUCCUCGUCAUAGAUGCAGACAAUGCGGACUGGAUCUGGUGCAGAGCCGAGGAUGGGUUUUCUGAAGGCUGGGUGCCGCGGUCCUUCUUAGAAAUGGAGCCUGGCAGCCCGGCAGAUGCCAUCUCCAAGGACAUUGUCAUUGUGCAAGCAUAUUCGAGCACCGGGCACAAUCCUGCUGUGGGGUCUUCCAUCUUGUAG